GAGGUCAGUGGGGCUGGCGAGCUCGGCGUGGGUGGAAGCGGCAGUCUGUGUCCGGCGGCGAGGGCGGACAGAUAGAUAUGAAAUAAGUGAAGAAGGUAAAAUCGGCAUCAAGUUCUUAAAUGGACAGAUUUUACCAGUGAAGGGCUUAUGGUCUUCACAGCAACAAGGAAAACUCCUUUUACUGAGAGACCAGCGUAGGCAAACGGAGCGCGAAGGAGACCAGUGUCAUCCGGACUCUCAACGCAGGCGAAUUUUACGAGAAAGGGAAGUGGGAAAAGGACCUAACGAGUAACCGAAGUACUGUGUGUUUAGUGUAAAGCAGAAGGUGCUUGUUAAGGGUCACAUUGGCUGGUGGUAACGGAUCUUCCCUGCGGCUUAUCACCCUUGUCACCCUAACACACACCCUGGCGACUUAUCUCUCCCCGAGUCCUUCCCCUUCUCGCCGCUCCCCUAGUCGCAGGUCGGCACCAGAGACGCGUAGGUCACAGCUAGGCUCUGGGUGUCGCGAUUUUCGAGUCAAGAUCUCUCUUAGUGCCGCGUGCUUCGACCUUUAGUGACCUGUGCUGUUGGAGGCAGAUCGUCCAAGUGUGGGGCAAAAGACUAGUUGUUGAUAUGGAAACGACUGUUAACCUGGGAUGACCUCGCGUGACCCGUUACCCGCUCAGUGACUGAAACGAGAACCCUAACUGAAGGAGGAUCGCAGGACACCAAGCAGCCAUCGCCUGUGCCCCCCCCCCCGAGCCCCCCCCCCCACACCCCUUAUCCCGCACCCCCUCCCCUCUCCUACACGGGCUAGUUAGUGUUUCAGAGUGACUGAUAGAUAUCAAAAAGCAUAAAAUCAAACAAUUCCAAAAGUGGUCGUGAAAGAGCACAUUAAUCAAAACAGAACAAACUCAAAAAGAAAGGAAAAUUUAAAAAAAGUGAAUGAAAAGAAGUACAAAAAUAAGAAAUCAAAAGUAACACAGACGGGAAUCAAAACAAAAGUUCAAGAUGAAUAGUGUACAAAGCGGAGGAGACGGAAACAAAGGAGGAGGAGAGAAGACUGAAGAGGAGUUUGCGGUGGCGACGCCCAACCAGAGGAACUGGAAGGGCAUCAUCAUCGCCGUGUUGGUCAUCUGCUUCGUGCUGGGCAUGAUAGUAACGAGCGUGUUACUUCUGACGCCUCCUGACGACGGGCCGAGGGUCAAAGGUCGGAGAUUUGAGUUAGAGGACAUAUUAGGGAACGAUUUCAAGAUACACGGAUUUAACGGCAGCUGGAUUUCCG